UUUAAAAUAACAUAUUUCGGAUUAUUUUCAAAACAAAUUUUUCAUUUCUUCCAAAAUUUCUGUGAAAUAUUCAGCUUUGGCCAAUCCAAUGCGCCGAAAAUCCAUAAAUUAGUGAAGAGUAGUGAGUAUAGAGAGAGAGAGACCGGCGCAUAGUGCUGAAAAUUUAGACAAUUCCAUGGCAUGCACGAACGAGGAUAAAGCCUUUGCUGUGGCCUACGCUAGUGCGGCUUUUUGGUGUUUUUGCGUGCUGUGGCAUUCAUUCGUCCUGAUUUUGCUUGCGAAAUUGGACACCACACAACCGGUGCGCUGCGAUACGGCGUUGAUAAGAUUUUUAAAAGCAACAUCAAUUUCCUUCCACUACAAUUCGCUUGUUGGAGAUUUUUUGCGCGCUGGAGCCACACUUAUCCUACUCAAAGCGCUUUGGGAAAAUAACAUCAAUUUGCUUGAGAAUUUCAUGCGCUACAAAUUCUUAGAAGUAUUUCUCCUCCUAAUUCUAUUUGCGAGCAGAUGCUUCAGGGAUGAGUCGGGUCUAAUUGUGAAGACUUAUUAUGUGAUGUCGCUUGUUCUGGAUAUCGCGGCCUUAUAUGUCACACACGACUUUUAUUGCGAACAUUUGACCAGUAACUAUUUGAUGUUUUCACCUUAGCUAAAAAAUUGAAUAGAAAUCGUGAAUGUUUUAUUUGUUUCUUAUGAUUUUCGACGUGGAUUAAAACCCAACAAGGUGUCCAUCAACGCACUUCGUCAUGUGAUUGUAAAGCAGCAUCUCGAUUCAUAUCGUUUUUGUGGUUUGCUGAAUUCAGUUGCUGUUAUGUUUGUGGUGCUGUUUCAAUC